AUCAAUGAGAUACUCUGCUAUUUUUCGAAUACAAGGUCGAACAAGCUUGAAGUGGAGUGUGAGGAAUCUCUAGUGAAACCAACGAUGGAAGGCAACAAAUCACCGGCUAACUACGACCAGCGUUUUGCCGUCCUGAGCUACGAGCAGGUUCGUCGUUUACAUAAGAUCAUGGACGAAGUGGUGCCAAUCCAUGGUCGUGGGAACUUCCCCACACUAGAAGUGAAGCUGAAGGAUCUGGUCCACGUGGUGAGGGGGAAGUUAGAGAAAGAUGCAGUAUCUGUCAAGGAUAUUAGAUUGAAUGGUGGGGCUGCAAGUCACGUUCUGACUCCUGAAAACUCCCCCUAUAACGAUCUCGAUUUGAUAUUCGGUGUCGAUCUCUCGAAUCAGCGAAGCUUCGACAAAGUAAAGGCAGCAGUGUUAGACUCUUUGCUCGACUUCCUGCCGGAAGGGGUCAGCAAGAACAGAAUAAGCAGUUGUAGUUUGAAAGAAGCUUACGUUAAAAAGAUGGUGAAAGUUAUAGAAGGAGACCGGUGGAGUCUAAUUUCACUGAGUAACAACCGUGGACGAAACGUGGAACUCAAGUUUGUCGACGUCAUGAAGCGAAAGUUCGAGUUCAGCGUGGACUCCUUCCAGAUCAUCUUGGACUCUCUCCUCCUGUUCUACGACUGUGCAGAAGUUCCAAUGGACGAAAACUUCUAUCCCACUGUUGUUGGUGAAAGUGUAUACGGUGAUUUCCAGGAGGCGCUGUAUCAUCUCAACAAGAAGUUAAUCGCCACCAGGAACCCAGAAGAGAUUCGAGGUGGUGGACUGUUUAAGUACUGUAACCUGCUCGUGCGCGACUACGAACCUGCGAACCCAGAAGACAUCAAGACAUUAGAGCGUUACAUGUGUUCGCGAUUCUUUAUCGACUUCAGCGACAUUAACCAGCAGCAGGUCAAGCUGGAGAGCUAUCUCGCGAACCACUUCAUGGGAGACAGCCAAAGCAAGUACGAAUAUCUCAUGAUUCUUCAGAGAGUCGUGGACGAAAGUACGGUGUGUUUGAUGGGCCACGAGCGGCGACAGACACUGAGUCUGAUUGAAGAGUUAGCUCAUCAGGUCUACUUCCAGGAACAGUCCAGGCUGUUUGCUAAGACUCGCAGCCUUCAGCUCUAUGACCCUUGGUCGGUAGGGCAGCAAUUUCAUUUCGGAAGAGGUUUCUUCUACACUCCUUACGUGUCGGCACAGCCAGCAACUUAUCCUUCAUGUCCUUGUCCCUGGACGUCAUGCGUGUAACCAUGACACCUGAACAACAAAGUCACCUUCCUUUUAUUGGCUGCACUGUGAGUACAACUGUUAGUGUUCUGGGACAUAUUGUUGUAGUACUGUUGAUAUGUGGAAGAGGGCGCUUCAACGAAGGUGGGAUUAGCGGAACCUUAAACCACUCUUAACUGAAAUGCAAAAUGUUACUCUCUCUUUAUUAGAGGGUAAAGCAAUUCACUUAUAGUAUUCUUGAAAAAUAAAAAUAAACAAAAAAUAAUAAUAAUAUUCUUAAAAAAGUGAACAUUGAUCAGUGCAAGUUUAGUUUGGAUGUUAAAUAUAUAUAUGUGUGUUUAUAAUAUUAAUUACAUGUAAAUUCUAUAUAUAUAUAUAUUGCAAAAAGUUCGACUUAAAAGUGCGAAUCUUAUUAAUGUAGUAUUUGAUUCUGAGGGCUAAGUUUAGGUGUAAACUGGUGGGAAUUAAAUCUGAUAUAGAAUGACUGAUUUCGCUUAGGCAUAAAUUUGAGGGGAUUAGAUCUAGUGUAAAAUGGUUGACUAAAUCUUGUGCAGUUGACUUAGAGUAGGCAUAAACUGGUGGCGAUUAAAGGUGCUGUAGAAUGGUUGACUUAGUUUAGGUUAAAAUGGUGAGGAUUAAAUCUAGUGUAAAAUGGCUGACUAAAUCUUGUGCAGUUGACUUAGAGUAGGCAUAAACUGGUGGCGAUUAAAGGUGCUGUAGAAUGGUUGACUUAGUUUAGGUUAAAAUGGUGAGGAUUAAAUCUAGUGUAAAAUGGUUGACUAAAUCUUGUGCAGUUGACUUAGAGUAGGCAUAAACUGGUGGCGAUUAAUUGUGCUGUAGAAUGGUUGACUUAGUUUAGGUUAAAAUGGUGAGGAUUAAAUCUGAUAAGAUUAGUUAUAAGUCUGUUGCAAACUGAUAGGAUAUAAAACUGUGUUGAAGUGGUUAACUUGUCUGUAACAUGGUGGGGAUGAUGUUGUUUUGAAGUGGUUAACUUGUCUUUAAAAUGGUGAAGGACGAUGCUGUUUUGAAGUGGUUAACUUGUCUGUUAGAAGAUGAGGGAUGAUGUUGUUUUGAAGUGGUUAACUUGUCUGUAAGAUGGUAGGGAUGGUGCUGUUUUGAAGUG